AAUAUACCAUCCACUUUUGCCAGAAUUGGAAAUAAACUAAACCAGCAGAAAGACAUGCGUCAAGCAACUUUCCUCUUCAGGAGGGGUCUGAAGGUGCAGGCACAAGUACAGCCAGUAGAAGAACUUCUGGAUAAUCAGGCAGCAAAGAGAACUCGCCAGUGGCGAACUUCUACCACAAAUGGAGGCAUUCUGACUGUAUCUAUUGACAACCCUGGAGCAAUCCCAUCCCCAGUUUCCCAGAAGCCACGGUUAACUCGUAUUCCUGUGCCUCCAUUUCUAAUGAAGAAGGAGCAACCAGAAGAGAAGAAGAUUCCCAAAGGAGUUACUUUGCAAUUUGAUAUCAACAGUGUUGGAAAACAGACUGGAAUGACUUUGAAUGAGCGCUUUGGGAUCCUCAAGGAACAAAGAACAGCCCUGUCUCAGAACAAAGGAAGCCGUUUUGUAACAGUGGGCUAGAGGCUGUCGAAAGGACACAUAUAUUAAAGACUCCACCGAUCUGAGAAACUGGGAUGAAAGUGGGCAGAAGAGUAUAGUAUACGUCACUGAAGUUCUCCAGACUUUUUGUUAGGAUGCUGACACAACUAAAUAUCCUUAUUGAUUUUACUUUUAAUAGUAAAAAGACACAAUGACCCAGGCAAAAAUAGGGCAACUGAUCUGCUUGGUAAGUGGUGGUGUGUUCUGAUCUAAACAGAUUUUGUGUAACCCCAGUUGGUGAUUAAGGCAGGAGAUUUAUUGCAGUUUCCCUCACAGCCCAAGUACAAACGGCAGGCAAAAGUUAAUUAUUUUUGUUAGUGACAUUCAGUAUCUGCUCCUCAGCCCCUGCUAUAGUGAAGAUCGUGUCAAUAUUUCCAUUACAAACCUCUUUUCAGAGGAGCAGAGACUCUGCCAGAAAGCUUCCCUCCAGAUUGCAGUUUGGCAUAAAGCCUGAGUUUGAGAGUAUUUCUGUUCAAGAUGUAGCCGCCUCUUUUUCUUUCAUAGGGGUUUGGUUGUAAUUCUUUGUGCUUCUGACACUCGCAGUUUUUUUUCUUCCUUGGAGACUAAAUUUUUUGCAUCCUCAUUUGAAAAAGUAGUUUUACUGUCAGGCCAGGUACUUAACAGGCAUGAAGACUAUACUACUCAUCCUUAAAAGUGGUCCCCCCAAGUCAGGGUUGGGCAGUAUGGGAGAAGCUUGUACUGCAGCUGUUCAUGUUGUAUCUGCCGCCUCAGUAAAUGGAACUUUCUCUUGCAUUUUGUUUAAACUCUACCCUUCUAUUCCUUUUUUAGGUUUUCACAAAUGUAAUGCAAUAUGUUUGUUUGGUGUCCCUUUUAUAAGGGUAAAUACUGACUUUCAUAUAAGAAAGGGUAAUGUGCUAAGUUUCCUAACCCUCCCAGACUCUGGAUUUUAAUGUCAUAUACCUUGCCCCUAAAGGGUUUCCUCAGUCUUUUAAGAAGCAGCCACACAGAUAAACUAUCAAAUGACACCUGUUUGUAUAUACCAAAGAGAAAUCAAGGAUGAGCCUGAUCUGAAGUAAAGUCAAAUAUCUUAACUGACAUUGAAGCUGGGGAAGAAUUGCUGGGAUAAGAAGCCCACAUUUUGCAGACAAGUAGGCACAUGCUUAACUUUAUGUACAAGUGUAAUCCCACUGGCUUCAAUGAGACUUCUAGCACGUGUAAAAGUUAUGCAUGUGCAUAAUUAUCUGUAGGAUGACUGCCAAAUUGGAGCAUCCUCAUUGUGCAUUCACACCCUUAAUGGAAACAAAGCACCUGUUCAAAAUUGUACAGGUAAAAUUAUCUUCAAUUCCACGACCUAGUGGAUUUUCAACUGUUUCAUAGCAAUGGGACUUAGAUAUAGCCAGAUAAAAGGAAUUGUUGGCUUGCUGCAUCCACAGAUGCCUAUGUUGCAAAGUAGUUUUAAUACUCUCUUGCUUAGACUAUGGAUUCAAUUUUUUUAAAACUGGUUUCUUUGCACUUUUUCUGAAAUUCCAAGUAAACAGCUUGUUUACCCAAGAGUUUAACAUUGAGAGCAUUUGACAGUGGAAGGACUUUCUUUCAUAUAGCAGUUUUAAAGUCAAAAUGCAUCCUUGACACUGUUCAGUACUUAACCCUUUAUUUUUAACUUUGAAAACGUACCUAGCAAAAAUUUAAUUAAACUUCAUGGGUGUUAAGGUUUUUUAAAUUACCAGUAGAAAUUUUGUUGAAAAAAGUCCCUCUGUUAGAAUUUAGGUAAUGUGGUGUUAGUCAUCCUGUUUCAGUGCAUACAUUUCCUGUGUACCAGGAUGCAACAAAGAUGCAAAACAUUGAUGCAAUGCAUCAUGAAAAGCUAGUUUGUAUUUAAUGAGAGAGAUGGCUUUACACUGUACCUUUUGAUAUUUUUUUUGGAGAAGUUACUACAUUUGGAUCUAUUCUGAAGCUUGUUGGUUUUUUUAAAUAAAAUGUUACAGGUUU